AUGUCGUCGUCGUCGUCGAAGCUGCUGGACCUCGCGCUGGACGAGCGCGACUACGUGGAGCUCCUGCGCAAGCUCCUCAGUGUGUCGGAAAAGGUCCAAAAUGCUCCGGGAUUAGGGCUCGUGCCGCAAGAAAACCUCGUGUCGGACUUUGUGAGUCAAGAGCUGAAGCCAUUUCUGGGGUCGGACCUCACGGUGGAUCGGCUCGAGUUCGUCGAAGGUCGAGGCAAUGUCAUUAUCAAGUACGCCCCGUCGUCGUGUGAGUCAGACAAGACACUGGCGCUCGUGGGCGCCCACAUGGACGUCGUCCCGGCCAAUCCGGAAGGCUGGCAACGGGACCCGUUCACUCUGACAGUUGAAGGAGACAAGCUCUAUGGACGUGGCACUACGGACUGUCUCGGUCACGUGGCAUUGUUGACAUUGCUAUUUCGUGAGCUGGCCAAGCACAAAGUACCAACGAAGACACAGGUCGUGUGUGUCCUCAUUGCGUCGGAAGAGAAUAGCGAGAUUGAAGGCGUGGGGGUCGAGAGAUUGAUGGAAACUGGAAAAAUCGACUUUAUCAAGAACGGGCCUGUGUUCUGGGUCGACUGCUCGGACAGCCAGCCGUGUAUUGGCACAGCAGGAGCUAUCACGUGGACGCUGAAGGCCACGGGCAAGCUUUUCCAUAGUGGGUUGCCGAAUUUGGGCAUCAAUGGACUCGAACUGGCAAUGGAUGCGAUGACGAAGAUCCAGGAAUACUUUUACGAGGAAUUUGGACCUUUGGAUAAGGAGGUGGAGUACAACUACUCGUGUCCGUCGACAAUGAAGCCAACACGCAUCGAGUCGUCGGUCAACGGGCUCAAUCAAAUUCCACCAUGGGCCAAGAUUGCCGGAGACGUGCGUCUGUCUCCUUUUUACGACAUGGAGGAGAUGAUUGCCAAGAUGACGGCGUUCGCUGAUAACCUCAAUGCCAACAUUGCGUCGCUGGAAGGCAAGCGCGGUCCAGUGUCGAAGUACACGCUUCCAACUGAACACAUGGCUGGCAAGCUGGAACUCGUGUUUGAUAAGAGCUACUAUGAAGGCAUCGCGUGCUCGUUGGACUCGAUUGGAUACAAGGCCCUACAUUCUGCGAUUGGUGACGUUCUCGGAGAGGUCGUGCCAUUUUCCAUUAGCGGAAGUCUGCCAUUGGUUCGCGACAUGCAACGUGGUGGCUUCGACUUGACGCUCGUGGGCUUUGGCAAGAGCUCAGUGUAUCACGGUGACAACGAGUACUGCCUGCUGAGUGACAUGAAGAAUGCGAUGAAGAUCCUCGCGCGCACUAUCGCCAACGUCGAUGCUGCUCAAGAUUAA